CGGACGAAAAAGAAAAUGCUUUUCGACAAGUCCGCGUUUGCCAACAUUGAAGAACGAGCUAUAGACGCACCUGCCGCAGUUGGCAACAGUUUCACGGAAUUGUACGACUAUCUAUUCAUGGGUUUGACAACUGAUCUUGAGAAAGUCAGGGCUAUAUUCUGUUGGAUUGGCCACAAAAAUCAAACAACAUGCCAGGCAGGACCUGUUGAUUCUCCGAAUUCGAUUCUACAACAAGUCCAGAAUAAAAACAUGUCAUUUGCCUACAUGUUCGCCAGAUUAUGCAGGGAAGGAAACAUCCCCUGCGUGAUAAUUCAGGGUGUAGCGAAGAGUGCGGGGUACGAGGUAGGCGAUGUUGAGUCCAGAGUUACAGAAUUAAGUAACAAAUGGAAUGGAGUAUAUCUGGCGGGGGAAUGGAGGAUCGUCUUUCCAUUAUGGGCUUUCUCGGCUAUCACUGGACAUAGUACCGGAAAGUUUACACUAGUCGAAUCAAAAGGAAAUGCUGCUCGGGAAAAAGAAAAGAAGUCAUCUGGUGUCAACAUUGUCCAGUUAAAUGAAUACUAUUUCCUAACUGACCCAAACGACUUUGUGUGUGUAGCAAUGGCGACAGAUCCGAGAUGGCAAUUCACUGAACAACAUUUUAAUCUUGAUCGUUUCUGUAGCAUCCCUUUUCUUCGUCCAAGUUACUUCAACCGGGAUGUAGAGAUAACGUCAGGGUAUAGCUCACGUUUACACUCAGAAAACGGAGAGGUGGCGGUCGGAUUCAAAGCAACAGAUGACAAAUGGCAGGGUUUCUUGACAUACGAACUGUUUUUUAAUGACGAAGAAUCCAAGUCGGUCUUGCCUUCGGAAAUGCAGCUAGAUAGAUAUGUACUCAUGGAACGAAAUUUCCAGCGAUGGAAUUUUAUUGUGAGGUGUCCUGUUGCCGGGGUGUAUAAACUAAGCAUUUAUUCUCAGCCAAAUGGAUUGUAUAAUGUAUGGAUAUGCGACUUCAAAAUAUUCUGUGAUAAAGUGGCCGAGGGUGGAACGAAAGCUCUUCCAGUUAAUGUCGGUACUGUUGGCUGGGGACCGAGUAACGAUAUGGUAAAGGCUGGACUAACAGCACCGUCACAGAGGAAAGGAUUCGUCAUGGCAACGGCGAGAAAAGAAGUACAUUUCAGUUUUACUUGUUCAAAAACGGUGUCUGUAAGGACGGUUCUUGUCCACAACGAAACAUCUGAGGAACAGCUUCAGUCAUACGUGUCUCAAAAAAUUAACAAAAAGACUAACAAGUUAAAUGUUGCAGUCUGCUUACCUGAUGAAGGAGAAUAUGCACUACAGAUCCAUUCUAAGGACAAAAGCACGAAUACAGAGCGUAACGCUUGUAAUUACAUGAUAUCCACAGAACCAACUCCAGAACAAAAGAAAAAGAGACAAAAACGGGAGAAUGUGACAGAGAGAAAGGCUAGAGAUGACCUGAAAACUACUUCGAAUGGAAAGGAUUUGGAUAAACUGACAAUGUCAAUUGCUAAGUUCCAGAAAAUGGACUUGGAUGAUAAGGGCGAUUUAGACGUCGCUUUGAAAAGACAAAACUUUCUAAGCUUACAGAAGGGUUUGAACGAUGCUAUUAUGCGGCGCCAUGUAGAGGUCCUUGAUACCGCUAUUACGAAUGCAGAGAACUCAGAAUUCAAGACCACGCUUGAACCAAAGAUCGACCAAGCGGACCAGCUGAGAAAAGAGCUGAUAAAACUGAAUAGAUUUGCACACGAUGUUCUGGCCAUGAAGCAGCCGACUGUGUCAGAACUCCAUAGCUACAACAUAGUACAGCCUCCUAUCAUGGACGUGAUGGUAGCUACAUUAACACUUCUUGGUGAACCAAAAGAUAAUCUACAGGAUUGGCAGGACAUACAGACCUUAUGCAGGAGAACUGGACGCAACUCGUUGAUUCGUCGGGUCCGAGAGUUCCCUGAAAAACGAGCACAACAUGUGGAGCCUAGUACCGCGGCGGAGGUCCAAGCUAUUCUUCGGAAACAUGAUGAAGACACCGUCCGACUUUGUAGUCCUGCCGCAGGCACAUUCUAUGUCUGGGUAAACAACGUAGUGACGGAUAUAAUAGAUUCCAGUAAUACAAGAAAAGUGAAUACCGGUGGUUAA